CUUGCUUGUAUCAUAAGAAGAAGAAGAAGAAGAAGACGAAGAGGAAGCCAGCGGUAGAUUCAUGUCCGUCAGACUGACGUCAGUUCACCGGUGAGAAAUGAAGACUCUGAUGGUGUUUGAUUUUGACCACACUGUGGUCGAUGACAACAGUGAUACCUGGGUGGUCAGAUGCCUUCCAGAUCAGACUCUCCCUGACUCUGUGAAGAAUUCCUACAGAAAAGGCCACUGGACUGAGUUCAUGGGCCGAGUGAUGAACUACAUAGGAGACCAGGAGGUCAGCCCUGAUAGGGUCCGAAGUGUGAUGGAGACCAUCCCCUUCACAGCUGGAAUGACAGACUUGCUGACAUUCAUAUCACAGAAUAAAAGCACCAUCGACUGCAUCGUCAUCUCCGACUCCAACACCAUGUUCAUAGACUGGAUCCUCCACGCAGCUGGGCUCCAGGUGGCUGUUGACCAGGUUUUCACCAACCCAGCUAAGUUCAACGAGCUCGGGUACUUGGAGGUACAGUGCUACCACUCUCACGAUUGCAAUCGAUGCCCCGUCAACCUCUGUAAGAGGAAAGUCCUGGAGCUUUACCUGUCAGAGCGGUCUGAUGGAGAUGUGGAGUAUCAGCAUAUAUUUUACGUGGGCGAUGGCGGGAACGAUUUCUGCCCUACUUCCUGUCUGAGGAGGCAUGAUGUUGUGAUGCCCAGGAAGGGGUACACCCUGGAGAAACUGCUGGCCAAACGUGAAGGGCAGGAACACGACACGUCUUUGAGAGCCAGAGUCCUUGCAUGGAGCAGCGGCACAGACAUCCUCCAGGAACUGAAGGCUACUAUGCAGUUUUAGGCAGCGCCCAUAUAGAACAAUAUUUUACUGACUUCUCUGUUGUAAAGGAAAUAUUGCAAAUGUUGGGUCAGCACUGUAGGGUGCUCUUGCUGUUCCCUGCAGGAUUAUUUUAAAUAAUGACAGUGUUUAUCAUUUUAAAAGUAAAGGUAAAAUCAAGGUUGAUUCGAACAAACAAAUGGUUGCUUUCUUGCUAAGAAUCAGAUGAGAGGAAUGAUACCUCUCACAUGACUGGUCAGUUAAUAUAAAGCUACAGCAGUAGUUAGCUUAGCCCAGCGUAAAGACUGGAAGCAGGGUGAAACACUGAGCAUCCCAGCAGUUGUAGAGCUAAAUAGCAUUAUGUCUUAAUCCAGACAAAUUAAAUAUAAUGUGUUGACUGUGGUUUAUUAGUAAUACGUGUCGAUAGAUAUAGAAGAUAUAGAAGUCAUAAUAUUUGCUUUACAGGUGCUGGUUGAUGGAUUUAGUUUCCUUCGGACAGAGCUAGGUUUUGUGUUUCAACUAGCUUCCUGUAUUUUUGCCAGGCUAAACUAAUCUCCUCCUGUCUUCAUACUAAACAGACUGACAUUAGAGUUUAGCUUCAUGGUUAGCUACCAGCAAGAGAAAGCAAAUAAGCAUAUUUCCCCAAAACUACUCUUGUUGGUAUAUCCCAACCCCCAGACCAAUGUUCAGGUUUCCGCUCAGCUGUGGUUACCGUGUUCCAACAUGUUGUUCACCCAUCAGUACUUAAUGUAAGAGGGAAGAAUGUAAGAGAUCACUUAUUGGUUAUGUGUUCAGCCUUUGUGCAACCUUUAGCUAACUUAUGUUUAGAAGAUGAUUAAAAUAUCAGUAAUACUCUUAUUUAUGAUUUACUGACACACUCCUUUUUAAACACCUUUGUUUACAGCAGCAAUGGAGCUGCAGCCUCCACAUAGAUUUACAUCAGUUUCCUUUAAUAAGAUUUAAAGAAAUCAAACAGUAUUUUCAUCUUUAGAGAAACUUUAGACUUGUUUAUAGAAACUGCAGACGGCCCUUUCACGUAAAUUUCUCAUAAUGUCAAAGCAGUUUAAUGUUAGUUUUGAAACUGAAUUCACUAUUUUUAACAUUUUUACAUCUCAGGUCGGUGGUUUGAGGUCAUCCACGUAAAUCAGGUUUUGAUUAACCUGAUCAUGUUAACUCUGUGUUGUUUUUUUUUAAAUGACCUAAACCUAAUAAGUUUAAGCUAAAUGAACAAAUGAUGUCCUUAUUAUACAUUGUCCCAGAGGGUUUACUUGAGUAAUGUGGAUAUCAUUUCUGACCAAAUUGUUUUUCCAUUUGUCCAUCUACUGGAUGCUUCUCAUGUUUGAGCAGGUUUCAGGCUUUGUUCAGUAAUAUUAUCCAGAAUCUGUGCUAAUAUCGCUACAGUCCUGGGACUUUAUCCAGGUUUAUUAUACAGUUAACACUGGACUGUAGUGUUAAAGUGCUGUGCUAAUGCACCAGCAAUGCUUCAAAGGGAAUUUAAAUGUUCAGGAAAAACAUGUGUUUUGAGAUUUGUGUGUGACACUUGCGGCAACAUGCUAAUAUAAAUUAUAUAUUAUUCUUAAUCUUGUUCAUUAUAAUGAUGUAAUAACGACCAGAACCCUUGUGGAUUCCUUUUGUCAACCACUGAGUGACAAUAAAAAGCUCCUAUAACAAUGCA